AUUAUAUUGUAUCUGUUCUUUACUAUUAAAUAAUAGAUAUAAUGCAAUACAACAACACAAUACAGUACAGCACAGAGGAUAUGACAGUUCAGAAGGCAGCAAGAAGCAAGAAGCAAGAAGCAGCCAGGGUUUGGUAUUUCUCUGUCUUGAAGAGAUGCCAGACUAUUGCUGCUGCUGCAAUAGUAUUUGAUAUACUGUUUAUUGUCUGUUCUAUUAUGUGUUCUUUUGUAUAUCUGGAGUAUUCCAAGUAUUCUGCUGUUGUGUCUUCUCGCUGCUCCAAAUCACAAUUUCCUCAUUUUUUUCUUCUCUUUUCUCUCUUUUCCUCUUUUUCUCUUCAUUUCCUCCUCUCCGCCGUCGGCCGCUGUCCACUUUCAACUUAGUCCAACUUUGACGAUUCCACUGAUCGGCGUUGCCGCACUGCCUCUUUGUCUGCUUUGUAAUUGCUGAUGUAAUGUGAUUUGUAAUCUAUCUGUAAUCUACUACCAACCCCUUC